AUGACAUCCGCGGCGAAGAAGCUUGAUCGCGUCAGGGACAGGGCGAAAUUCACACCAAUCCCUCCCAACCUCGACAUCAAUGAGCUAGUAAAGAGCUGUAGGAACUUUCAUCAUGUAUCUCGAGCUGAUGCUCGCACAUUUAAUUCUACGGAGCGUCUUAAAGAGAUGAUCCAGUCGCAAGUGAUCGACGGUGGGAAGCCAUUAGUGUUGGAAAAUUGGCACGAGACGCCUGAUUGGCCAAGGUGGAUUUUCAAGCCGGAGUGGUUGGUGGACAAUCAUGGACAAGACCCGAUCAACAUCCGGGAUAUAUCAUCAAUGAAAGACCACUCCUUUUCAAUGAAACACUAUCUCAACUCCCUUAGCGUACUAACUUCAAAAUUCACUGCACAAGAUUACGAUGGCACCAAACAACGAUUAUAUGCUAAGGAUAUCGAUUGUCCGCCGGCUUGGCAAAAAUCUCUCGAGAAGAUACUGCCGGCAUGCACAUUCUAUCUUUCACCCGCUGAUCUCAUGUCCCAUCUCCCGAUAGAUGCUCGCGCUGAGAAUCUUAUGUGCUAUUUCGGGCAUGAGGGUACCUAUACUCCUGCACAUAAAGAGAUGUGUGCUUCUCUGGGGCAGAAUAUAAUGGUUUAUACAUCACCCGGGGGCUCGUCAUUGUGGUUUAUGACUGCGUCUGAAGAUCGAGACGUGGUAGCCGAGUAUUGGUUAGGUGGUCUUGGACAUGAUAUUGAAGUUGAGUCGCAUUUUGCUUCCAUCGAGGCUUUAAAGAAUGCACCAUUUCCCGUAUAUAUCGUUGAACAAAAAGUUGGCGAUUUUAUACUCGUCCCUCCGUUGGCUCCACAUCAGGUCUGGAAUCGUGGAGAGGCAACAAUGAAAGUGGCCUGGAAUCGUACGACUGUGGAAACUUUAAAGCUUGCAAUCGAGGAGUCUCUCCCGAAAGCUAGACUCGUCUGCCGCGACGAACAAUACAAAAACAAAGCAAUAAUUUACGAGACAUUAAAACACUACCAUCGGAUCCUUUCCAGAGAAAUUAGCCGCGACCAUGAUAUCUCACUCUCAAAAUUGAAGGCAGAUUUUUGUAUGCUUUUUGAGCUCUUUGAUACGAUCAUGUUGGACGAGCACUUCUCGCCUGUAUAUGAGGGGAGGAUGGAGGUUAAAAGAAUCCCAAACGAGUUCAAUGUUACAUGCUCAUUUUGCAGGGGGAAUAUUUUCAAUCGCUUCCUGUCGUGUAAGCGCUGUGUAGAGCCUUCUGACGAUGAGGGUGGCGAUGAUGAUGUUUAUGACAUCUGUAUGGAGUGUUAUGCCCGGGGAAGGAGUUGCGCAUGCAUCUCAAAACUUUGCUGGGAAGAGCAACAUGACUGGAAUACACUCCUUCGGGAUCACGAGAAGUUCAGGAUGCAGGUGAUAUCCAUUGAGGGUGCUGUGACUGAGGAUAGCCCAAGGAAACUCGCCACCGCCUUCAAGAACAUUGAAAAAAAGUCACUAGCUUGGGUUUGUCAGGAGCAGCUAUUAGCUAGGCCUUUUGUAGAUGUCACCAAAGAUCCAUCGUUGGACGAUGUGGAUGAUGCGAAGGAUAUUGAGCGCAAGAAAAGGAUGGGAUUACUUGUCAACUGCCAUGUCUGUAAAGUCCGGCAUCCUGAUUGGAAAAUAGCCAAAUGCAAUGCCUGCUCAAAGGCAUACUGCUAUGGGAACCUUUGGCGUGCAUUCGAUAUUGACCCGUUUGAGGUGCUCUGCGAUGCUGAAUGGAAAUGUCCCUUUUGUCUUGGGAUCUGUUCCUGCGGACAAUGCCGUAAAAACGGCAAGAUGAUCCCCUACGAGCCGAAGGGAACCAUGCUUGGGGCUUCCACAAAGCACGUAGCUGACCCUCGAAGUGUUGAAAGUCUUGUGGAUUUCUCAAGAGGAAACCUCACAUGGUUGUCAGAAAACAUUGAAUCGCUGAAACGAAAGCGAAGUUCAGUUGGAACUGAUGAUGACGAUGCGAUUGCGAGAUCCUUCACUUCGUUCGAUGAGUAUGGUACAAUUGAUGAAGAGGACGAGGGCUACGGUUUACACCAUAAUGAGGAAAUACCAAUUGACCCCAGUCUCGUGGUUUCCUCCGACGAGGCACCUAAAGCGAGGGAUGAUGACUACCAUGAGCCUGACCUAGAUGGCAGUGUCAGAAAUGGUCAGUACAUCGCUAAUUAUCCCUCUUCAGUCUUAAUGGAAAGGGGCUCAUAUCAUCAAGCGGAUGGCAAAGCUUCAGCGGUAGCUUCGGCAACAAAAUCGAUAAGAACACCAGGGGCAAUGGAAAGAAGAGGAAAUCCCUUAGAUAAGCAGCCUUUGUUGCCGUCCCCAAAAGAUGUAUUAACAGGAGCUCUACCGUUGAGAAGACGGGAAGCCUUACCACAUGAUACCAUUUUAUCCCACCCUAGUAGUUAUUAUUCUUCCGAGGUUCGAAACAUGUUCGAUAAGCCACAAUCUAAAGAUUUAAAGGAUGAUAUGCAACCUUAUACCCACCAGUCUCUUUCGCGCAUCGAUGCAGAUAACCAAUCGAUGUGGCCUGAAAUGAGCUCUUUAGAGAGAAACCCAGAAGCAUUUAUUGCAGCAGCUGGGUUAAGCAUACUUUCUGGCAUAGAAUCUUACCCUGGUGAACUUAGUAGUUCUUCGGAGGCGAUAGGAAGCCAUUUGUUGGGAACCUCCUCGUCUUGGCCAGCAGCCUCUACAAUUACUGCCACUGGACUCCCGGAAGACCUGGCGUGCUAUGCCGGGGGCAUCUUGCACAGCCCUCAAACGACUCGCGGACGUGAUCGUGACGAAGCAGAAAACACAGCAAACCCAUUCCCCGAUGAUACCUAUAAUCCCAUAGCGCCCAUCAUGCUCGCAAAAGCCAAACGCAAAAGUAAUCCAUACGGAAUAUCCGCUGCCACCAGCGAGAUCAUUGGCGUCAACGGCACCUUCCCAAUGACCGAGCCUACCCAGUCCAUGUACGAACUCAUGGCCAAUGAUCAGGCGAAGAAGCAGAAGCGCGCCAGAUAUAUCGCCUCUAAGGGUAAAGGACGAAAUAAGAAAACUUUAGUUAAGUUGAAACUUGGUGUGGAAGGUUGGCAGAAAUGGGAAGAAAAGACGGUUGAGCCAGAUAUGAUCACGGAGUACUAUAUGAAGGGAGGCAGGCUUCAUAAAGUGACGGCCAGGAGAGACGAUAUCGGGGUUGGUAGUGCGGAUGGUAGUAAACGACAAAGGGGCAGGCCUCGGAAGAGCGCACCAACAGUAUCGGAAACGAAUUCUGACCAAGAAAAAGAUGAGGAAGAGGAAGACGAGGAUGAAGGUGAGGACGAGGACGAGGAAGAGAUGGAGGUGAUUCCUGAGCCAAAAUCCCGCCGUAGAGAAAGUGCCUGGAUUGCGCGCAAACGCGAAGAGGAAGCAGCGGAAGCUGCCGAGAAGGCCAUCAAAGACGCAAAAUUCGCCCAAGAAAAGGCAAUUGAAGAUGCCCAACAAAAGAUCGUUCAUGAAAGACAAAGAAUUAUGGACGAGAAGAGGGCAGCGGAAGAAGAGAAAAUAAGGAAGGAAAGAGAGCGGUUGCAGGCAAUUGAGGACGAGAAGGAGGAGCGCCGAAGAGCAUACCACGAGGCAAAGGUACUGGCUGCUGAGGUUGCCGAGGGCAUGCUUGAAGAUACACGGGGAGUUGAUAGUGACGAAGAAGACAACUUUCGUAUGGACGAAGACGAAGAUAUUCCGCAAGAGAGAGGCGCAUUUUGGGAAUCGCAGCUACCAGGUUCAAACUUUGCGGUUGUAAUCGAGAAACGUCCAGGAAUAUACUGGAGGUCACAAUACGCCACUGAAGCUGAACUAUCACUGAGGGCUGGAUUAGCCAUAAGAAAUGCUACGAAGACUGCCCAACCCGUACCGGUACCGACAACGGCUGUCCCAACUGCACCAGACUCAAUACUCCCCACACCGCAGAGCAAGAUAAAUACGGCUAGGAAUCCCGCACUAAAAACAUGGAGAGUGGAAAUAUCAGUUCCAGUUAAUCGUGCCACUCCAAAAUCUCCAGCUCCAACAGGCCUAGUACGCAAGCCUAAUCUUUCGCCUAAAGCAAAUAUUGUAGCGAAAGCACCUAUCUCCAAACCUUUAGAUCGUGAAACUGCUAGUAGCAGUAAAUGGCAACCAUCAAUCCAAAAGACUAGUACCGAGCUCGAAAAAAGCAUGCCUACCACUGAAUCCUUAAAGGAUAAAUGGUCUAUAAUUAAGGAUGAAUCAUCGGGAUCAGAAUGGGGGGGUGAUGAUGAAGCGUGGGGAGGUGAUUCAGUUAAUGUGGCUAAGAAAUGGAUGUAUUAA